UAUUAUAAAUUAGAAUUAGUUAUGCACCACGUGGAAGCGAGCGUUGAUGGCGCUGGAAAUGGCGCCACCUGGCGGCAAGGCGAACAUGAGUCAGUUUUCUCAUCUGACGCCGGGAUUCGUUCACAUCGACAGCAACAUAGACCCGUACAUCCGGCGCCUAGGCGGCGUCGCGGGCACAAACAAGAUGGCGGCGAUCCUCGGCGGAAGCACGAAGUUCAUGUUCGUGAGACAUCCGCUCUCUCGGCUGUUGUCGGCGUUCCGCAGCAAACUGGAGCCGGGUGCCUUUGACAAGCAUAACCGACAGCGCAAAAUCGCGAUGAUUCGACGGCACUUUGAGCUGUCGCACGCGAACGAGAGCGUCGGCGAAUCGGUGAGCUUCGAGCAGUUUCUCACGUUCGUCGUGGAGAGUCGUCGGCUGCGGCUGGACAACCACUGGGCGCGCAUGGUCGACCUAUGCAACCCUUGUCUUAUCAACUACGACUUCGUCGGCAAAUACGAAACGCUGCGCGACGACAGCGCCGCGCUGCUGCGGCGGACGGGUCUGACGCAGUCGCUCGACUUUCCGACGAGGACGGCGUCGAGGUACGGGAACACGAGCAGUGAUGACGUCAUGCUGAUGCGGAGAUAUUACAAGGACGUGCCGCUGGAGCUGGGACGGAAAGUCUACGCGACUUACGAACUGGAUUUUUUACUUUUCAAUUACAGUUUACCGGAAAAGUUGUUCGCGUAGCGCUGCGACUAUGUGCAUUCGGCCGGCGCAUAUAUAUAUAUAUAUAUUAGCUAUUACCCGUCCUCCAGACGGGUUUGAGUGGGGU